AUUCCGUCCCGCAACUCCCCCAAAAAAAGGAAAUGAAAUGGAAAACAAAUACCAGAAAACAAAUCAUAACCCGUCGAACCGCCCUCGUCUCCGUUGGUGCACGAACGUUCUAAGCAUCGAUACCUCUCUUCCAACCGAGAAUUGAUAUCGAAUUCAUUUGUUUUUCCUCAACCUCACCCUUUUUUUCCGGUAUGAUGAUCUUCUCCCUCGUGUCCUCGUCGGCAAAGGCCCCCCUCUCUCUCCGAUUCUUCUCUCUCACUCACACUCUUUUUUGGUUGUUGUCAAAAGGGACUUUUUCACUCUUCACACAAGAACAAAAAGAGAGAAAGAAAGAAAGAAAGAAAGAAAGAAAGAAAGAAAGAAAGAAAGAAAGAAAGAAAGAAAGAAAGAAAGAAAGAAAGAAAGAAAGAAAGAAAAAAAAGCAAUAUGAGAUCGAAACGGGAUUGGAUUUCAUUUCCACAAACAACAACAACAACCAUGAUGACAACAACGACAGCAACAGAAAAAACAUGGGCCAUUCAACUGGAUUUAUGAGCGAGAAGCGAGAGAUUAAAAGAUCGAUAUGGGUAUAUAUAUAUAUAUUUUUCGAAGAAGAGUCUAUAUGACGAUGGCUUGGUGGGAGGCAGGCAGGGAGGGGGAGGGGGAGUGCGAGUGAAAAACCAUGCGUGUCCUGUGAAAGGGGGAACACAAAGACAUCGACGCCGUUUCUACGCUGGCUCGCUCGCAG